GACGUACAGUCCUCCACUCUGCGCUGAUGCAGGGGGGUUUCCAUCAUGGCGUCGAUGCAGGUAAGAAUACAAUCGCCAGCGGUCGCAUAUAUACAAUUUACCUGACCUUCAUUGUGGCUGUCCCUGCUAGUUUAUCACCCACUUUGUUCUCAUACAUGUAUUCGGUAAAAGUAGCCAUGACAUUAUAGUAAAAGCGGAGAUAUUCAUCAGCAAAGAAGCGCUCGGUCUUAGCUAGCAAUACAACUAGCCCAUCAUCCACAGCACCAAGUCAAGGCGAACGUAGAAAUCAGCUUCCUGGAUACACGGUUGAUUUAUUCACUGGCGGGUUCGUAUUGUAGUGGAAACAAAUGGAUGGUAUCUCAAGGAGUAAGAUGGUAUGAGCUGAAAUUCAUUGUGUUUUUAUCUAAUUGAGUGCUGUUUGGGUGACGUUGACGUAAGCUAGCUAACGAGACAGUGCGCAGAUUGAGUGGUUAGUUUGUGCCGAACAGGUGCAUCGGUGUGACAUUUUUUUUCUAUACAAAAAAGAAACUAUAAAUGUGACUUUAUAAAAUGAUUAACACUGAUGCAUAUUGCUUUGGUGUGGCGCUUAUUCUUCCCCCUGUCAUUAAUUGUUCCAUUUAUAAACGAGGUAAACGAGUUAUGUCAGUCAGGGUGGAGUUUGACCAUAACUACAUUUGGGACACUCGCUUUUACGUGCCGCCAUUAAAUGCACCAUAAUAAAUCAAGCUCAAAUAUUCACUAAAUGCUCGUUGCCAUCGCUCCCCUGACGCUUUUUUUGAUAAAUCCUUUUUUUUCUUCCUCAACAGAAAAGGCUACAAAAGGAAUUAUUAGCCCUGCAAAAUGAUCCACCCCCAGGAAUGACGCUAAAUGAAAAAAGUGUACAAAACACCAUCACACAGUAAGUGUUUUUCUACUUUAGACAUGAUUUUUUUCCCUCUUUGAAUACUUCUCCAUCUCCACCUCCAGCUUCCUUGAAAUGGGUGACUAAUAUCAGUGACUAAACACGAAAUUGAGUGUGGCUCCAUGGAGUAUCAUGCCUCAUCACUGUGACAGAGCAGUGUGGCGAACAUGUCUGCAAAGAAGCUGUUGAAAAAGAAGUAGUAGGAGGGUUUAACACAUUCACACACGCACGCUCGGCUCUUGUUUGUACUCUCAGCAGCGACUGUUGAGGAGGAAUUCGGGUCAUUUCAGACACUGGCAGAUCUGGCCCCUCACUGGAAAGUCUCUAAAGCAUAGUGUCACUAUUCAUCCUAAUGAAAUAUUCAGUAGUUGGCAUGCGGGAGUUGGGCUAGGGUAGCAUGGAACAGAGGCUACUUAGCUGACCUUUCCGUCUGGGUUUCUUGGCGUUCACUUAAAAGCCCAUGAAUAUACCGACUAAGUGAGUUGUGUCUGAUAAACAGAAACAAAAAACUGAGAAAUCUGUGUUUGCAACCUUUACAUUAAAAUGUACUGCCUGAUUGUACUCAUGCUUCAAAAGAGUCAUUACACUGCCUUGCUGCGUGCUGUGGUUGAUACAAGAACAUUUUGUUAUAAUGCACGAUGCAUGACGUCUGCCGCUCUCUUAUUAGAUAACAAUAGUCUGAUCACAAUGAGCAAAUGUUUUGUUUUUGUCAGACUGAAGAGAGCUCCUGAAACCUGUUUGGCUGGCUUCCACAUGCAGUGGAUCCCAGGUUUGACAUGGUAUUUAUGGGUGUGGCUUUUUUUUUCCCCUCAAGUGUGAUGUUUAAGGUCUUUUUACCCUGCGGUAGUUUUGUGUCAUUUGAUUGACAGUCGUUGGGAUUUGCUUGUUUUAUCACAUACGUCCCAGUUGAGUAAGAUACAGAUACUGUGUUCCUGUUUUAUGUAAAAACGAAGCUUAUCCCUUUCCUAAAAAACAAACAUCAUACACAUGGUGCCUGUGGUGGAGAUAAGGUGUACUGCGUGUUAGCACACUCCGUCUUUCAGUGCUCUUCAUUAGAUUAAAAUCUUUCCGUUGACUGUGUGAUAGACAGUUGGCUCAGCUUGAUGCUAUAAUGGGUUGGUCUCUGCAAACAAGGAAACUGCAGCUUUUCACCAUUGUGGAAUCUCUCAGAGAUGUUCAGCCACUUUUUUUUUCUUCCUGAAACUGAUACCUGAACUAAAAGUUUGCAGACAUACGAGUGCCAAUCCAACAUCAGUAUUAAAAAGAAAUCAUGUGAAGUCAGUGUAAUCAGCUUACAAGAAAAGAAAAUAUUUAGUUAACUAGAAUAAGAUGAGAUGAUAUUUUAGCUCUAUGAGACUGUAAAAAUAAUGAAAUAGCAUUUCAGUGGAACCAAACUCACAAAGUGUAGAAUAUUGCAGGCCCAUUUAAAAUGUCGUGAAACUUUAGUAAAACGCCUUCCCACAAAUUAAAAACAAAUCAUAUAAAGCCAGUGUAAAAAAGUAGCACUGAGUUUUUCUGAGUCUUAUUCUUCGAGGCAAACAAUCAGUCAGUCUCUCAAAACUCAAAGUGCACAUUUUUCUGCAAGAUUCUGGUUCAGGUAUCAAUCUAGCUUAUCCCCUAAAAAUGUACACCUCAUGUACAGAUGCCAAAGUUUUCAUUGCAGCAGUCACUUCUUUGACUCCAGGGCCUAAACCCUUCACUGCAUGUCUACCCUCAUACUCCUCUUCCAGCAUUCCACUUCUCUCUUCAUCAAUGUCACUCUCUUUCUGCUAACAUAGAACCUAGGGGUGGGUAUCUUCGACUGUCUCACGAUUCGAUUCGAUUCCAAUUUUUGGGACCACGAUUCGAUUUCUGAUCAUGAUCUACUCCACUCUGCUGUGCAAGACAGAAUGACAAAUAAAGACAUUUAAGUGUCUUUUUCACAUUUAUUAAGCUUUAAGCAUUUAUCUAUGCUUAGAUGGAAUUUUUUACAAGCAAUAGGCGAUAGACCAGGUUUAUUUUUUUUGCCUGCGUUGGUCUGCAGCUGGCGGCUGAGUCUGCUCCGUGUCUCUCAUCUCCGGGUGAUGCCUUAUAAUGUUUUGUUGCUGAAAUGCUUGAUUCUAGUUUUACAAUUUCGGCACACUGCGUGUGUCAUGUCCAGCUCAGUAUGUCCGGGCAUUCGGUAAAAUCCGAAAUGACGCCAAACUUAAGCUUUUAGUGAAGACAGGGCUGGCUGGAUCUCCUUUUCCUCCAUCAUUGUAUUUCCUUCUUUGUUUUGGUGCCUUCUGCACAUGCGUGCAUUCCAGAACCGUCUGCGUGAUGACGUCAGGACGUCCAGCGUAGUUCCAAAAUGAAGGCAGACAGGCAGCGGAUAUUUAAUCUUUUAAUAACGAUUUUGGGACAUUUUAAAUAGAUUAUGAAUCGUAGUAAAUUAGAAUCGUGAUUCUUGUGUAAAUCGAUUUUUUUGGCGCACCCCUAAUAGAACCUGCAUCUAAUUCACCAACAAAUGGUCCAAGACCCUCAGGUUGGUACAGUCCACAGAACGGAUGCUUAGGUUGAUUUGGAAAAUUGAUUUGAUGGGUAUUUUAAUUGAACAGUAUGGUCCCUGUUCCAUCUGUUAGCAUGUAGGCGGCAGGUUUAAGACCUGUGCUGCAGCCAGUGAGUAGGGGGAGCUCUAAAUCUUUUGGCUUCACAAUCAGUCGACAACUAUGCCAUAUAUUUAUUUAGUUAAAAGUCUUUGGUACUGACCAAUCAGAAUCAGGUAUUUCCAACAACACUUUGAUACUUCUCAUCCUUGAGUAUGAUAUGCAUGCUGUAUUAUCUGGCGAAUAUAAAACAUUGCAAAGUGUUUGCAGAUAUUUACAGAUAAUGUUCCACUAAAACUGUAUUUUAUCAUCUUAGUCAUACUUCUGUAGAAGGUUUUGGCUCCUAUUUAGAAUCUCCCUGAGAAUGAAUAAUGAAAAACACACAUCUAAAACCAAGUGGUGCUCAUAGAAAUCUGUGUUUCUCACCAUGCUGACAGUGGGUUUUAUAGCUGCUUGUGAUAUUGUGUUUCCUGCUAAAAGUGUCUGAGAAUCAUUGAUUUUUAACAUGAAACUGCUUUUCAGUUCAGGUCAGACUAAUGCCUCGUUUUCAGUCAACACUGCACAGUGCUCCAUCAUAAUGGAUUCGAUUUCUUAAAUUCUGUAUGUUAUUUCCACUGUUGUUAUUGUCCCCUAUCUCUAGAUAGAUAGUGAUGUUUAAGGCGAUGGGGAGUUUUAGCAAUUUGAGCAUUAUGUCCUUGGAGUCCUUGGCCGUGUUUAGCGUGGGUUGCGUCAGGUGUAACUCAUAAAUAGUAAGACUGCCUCCCCUUAAGCUGCUCUGCCUGGAAGAAAAAUGAAGCUCCUUAUAGACGCUUUGACCGCCGGACUUUCUGAGGGGGCAGUUUCAAACUGCACUGACCUUGUACGGUGGCCUAAAUGAUCACAUGCCUGAGGCUAGAUUUGAAAGACACACAAGGCUGUACCUCUGAACAACUGCCACAAGUCUCUUUGGCGUCCUUUCUGGAGGAAAUUAGGCCAAAGAUUGUGCUGCUGCCAUCAGUGUUCCUUUUUUUCUCCUCUGAGGUUUCUGCUAUGAGGAGGUGAUGGCUGCUUUAUCAGCGAGGCUACAUCCGGCCUCUGUUUUAUGGCUAUGGAGAUGCUGCACACUGAGCAGACAGAUUGUCUUUUGACUGAGAGAGCCAGCAUCAAUCCAAUGCUUUUACGGCCAUCUCUCUUUCCCAGUAAGACAUUGAAUCCCUCGUAGCUCUGUCAGCACAGUCCUGUAGCAAGGCCACAGAGGCGAAAAUAGAUUUGUCCAGCAGAUCAAUAAGAGUAUCACAUUAAUUCUGAGCUACUGUCAUAACCCAGCUGUCUAUUCAAUGGCAGUGGAAUGAGUCAGACUUCAGGCCUUUGAUUCUACACCUACUGCUGCAUUGGCAGCUCACACUGAGUGUGAUUCUUUUAUUUGUUUUAAUAAGACGUGCUCCAUGAAAGUUGAACUGGUUUUGAACUAAAGUACUCCAGAAGGAGAAAGAGUAACAGUGCUUUAUUUAUCACCACUCAUCAGGUCUUAAAACUGUAUCCCUGGAAGUGGUUCUGACGGGAAUUUACUUGUACACAUCUGCUAAUUAGCAGUUCAUGAUUGGAGUAUUGUUUUUGCAGGGGUGUAAUUAUAAAGGUCUAAAUGUAUUGGACAAGUUAGAUUCUUUUUACUUGAUGAUUAAAGAAAAUAUUGAAAGUCUGAGGGACACCAAAGUCAUCCAGGUACAUUGUUGGAGUACAACAAGUGUGUAUAUUAGGGCCCAACCAAUGCAUUUCUCAGCAUUUUUUUCCUGAAAAUAUCGGCGAAAAUCUGUGAGUUUUGGCCGAUUACCGAUUAGUCUCAUACGGGCUAAAAAUGGCCGAUUUGAUUGGCUCGCUGAUAAAUCAGUUGGGCCCUAGUGUAUAUCAAAGAUGAACCAUUUUCGAUAGUUUUACUUCCUGCUAGUUUGGCCUAAAACAUAACAACUAUGUGAUAAAAAAGCACAGAAAUGAGUCGUAGUUAAAGGAAGUGUUGACCUGAUGCUGUAGUUUAACUGGGAAAUUAAGUAUCUGUUGUGUUUCUUUUUCCACUGUCUUUUUAAAAACUGCUUCAGUUGUAGGAUGAUCCAGCUUGGGUCAAAUCCCUGGUUUUUGAACUUUAGAGUAAGAGGCUAAGUUUGCUUGGAACAUAGGAAGCUUAGAGAGCCGAGUGCCCUCUCAGUUUGGGGUAAUUCAUGGAAACUUGAACUGUUUGAAUCUGAGCUCUAAACAAACGUGAACAUUUCUUGGUUGUUAAAAAAUAAAUGGAUGUCCACAGUUUUCUGCUCCUCUUGUUUGUUUUAGUGAAUUUAAUCAUCUGAUGCUUUUGAUUUCAGGUGGAUUGUAGACAUGGAGGGAGCACCUGGCACACUGUAUGAAGGAGAGAAAUUUCAGCUGCUUUUCAAAUUUAGUGGUCGAUACCCUUUUGAUUCACCUCAGGUAAGAAAUCUAUCUCCAUGUGUCACUUUGAAAAAGGCUGAACGUUAUUGUUUAAUUGUUUGAAUUUAUGUAUAUGCCACAUGAUUAAACACUCAUUCUGGUGAUAAAAUGGGUUUAUGCAAAACACAGAAUUCAGGGAACUUUUAAAGACAUGGUGGAUUAGAGAAAAUACUAAACAGAAUUUCUAGAGCUUGUCUGGCUAAAUGCCCCUAAUCUAUAAUUCAAACAAAUGUAAUCUUAAAUAAUAGAGGAGAUUGCAAAAGCAGUCUUGCAGGUACAGUGAACAUGAGUGCUCAUUUCUAAGAUCAAAAAAUGAGAGUGAAACAGUCCAUCUCUCUACAACAAUCCCACGACGAAACACUCUGCUGUUGUUUGUGGAAUGAGUCUAAGCCUGGAAACAUUGGAGCCAGAAAUCACUGACAGAGACACCGGCACAGAGCAUCCGCUAAAGCCACGUUUGAGGAGAUUAGUUUAACUCAACAAUCUUGUUUCACUCAUUGGGAGCUUUGCCAUCUAUAAAUAGAGGGUGAGUCGGUGUAGAGAAAAUUAGAUAAACUUAGCUACUAUGCUCUUAAAUAGGAAGGACAGGCUAUCUAAGUAGCCCUCUGUUGGACCACAGAGUCAACUGCUGCAGUGCAUUAUAGGUAAUCUAAGGAGCUUCAGCGAUGACAUGCUUCGCUUUGUGGUGAUGGACUGUGCGCUGUUACACUCUGUAGCAGGUUUUGUCGACUUCAAAUCCACUGGGGGAUUUCGGAGGACAUCUAUCUCACACUGUGCGAUGCUAGUCAGUUUGUCACAGGCCUCAUCAAACUCAGUGGAUAACAUUUGUGAGAUCAGGAACAAUGUACUCGACUUUGUACUUGCACAUAUUUAUGCAUUUGUUACCUGUUGAAAUCUAUCUUUUCAGCUGUUUUUUCCUCAUCAAUCAUGCCUCAUAUCCUCCUACCUUUUAACUGACUCAUAUUAAUACGAGUUUAUCCCUGGUUUUGUGUUGCAUAGAUUAUGUGGAUGUUACGGUUACAAAGCAUAAGUCUGUAUUUUUUUACGUUACGCCCCAGAAAACUGAAAGUUCUUUGCGGGCGGAACUUAAACCUCGGCUAGAGAUUGUCGAGCAACAUUAAGAUUACCUACAGGGCCUGUCUACUCAGACUGAAGAGCUUGAUGUUUUCGAUGUAGUGCCAGCUCCACUUUGUGCUCCUAUCUGUGACACUCAUCCUGUCAGCUCAGUGAUGUAGACUCUGCACUCUCCUGUGAGGCCCUGUCUGGUGCCACACUGACUCAACCCAUUGUUACCCUCCAUCGCCCUCUUUAGCCCCCCCUUUUUUCUCUCGACUUCAGCACUUUAGUCCUGAGUUGCGCUCCUUUCAUCACACUUUCUGUAUCUUCAUGCUCAGCCCUCACUCCCGCUCCCUUUUACCGCCUAAUAUCCCUGUUACUUUUAAUAACCGCUGCUCCGCUUUUCAUCAGAUGUGUCCUCUCUCUUCCCCCCCUCUAACCCCCGCCCUGGCCCCAGUGUCCUAAUCCCAGAGCCUCAUAUCAUCACAGAGGGCUAAAUCUGUGCUUAAACUGCAACUACCAUUAUUUUUUUUGGCAAAGUCCCACAUUUUUCAGACAAGAACUCUCCUAAGAUUUCUGCAUGACCACUAAAAUACCACAAAUAAUCUUACAGAAGCUUUUUUUUUGUAUCAUCACCUUUUCUGGUUUAGUAACUGAUCUUGACUGACUUCUCUUUGUGCUGCUUUUGCAGGUAAUGUUCACAGGAGAGAAUAUACCUGUUCACCCUCAUGUGUAUAGUAACGGUCACAUCUGUCUAUCUAUUCUAACGGAAGAUUGGUCGCCAGCACUCUCAGUGCAAUCUGUAUGUCUUAGCAUUAUCAGCAUGUUGUCCAGCUGCAAAGAAAAGGUAGGAAACCUGACAUGAUGACAAAAUGCAGGAAGUGCUGGUUUGUAAAACGCUUGUAUUAAAUGUGAAUGUGUUGUUUUUUUGACAGAGACGACCGCCUGAUAACUCCUUUUAUGUAAGAACGUGUAACAAAAAUCCAAAGAAGACAAAAUGGUGGUAUCACGGUGAGUAUCUUAACCUUGCAUGUCUUUUUUUUUUUUUUAAUGAGCACUACUACAGAGUGAAGAAAAAGAACUUCUCAUCCUGGUGACUUUUGAAGGUCAAAUUUAUCAUGUUAGGUCCUUUCACACCGGGACCGUUUCUGUCGUGCGAUUAUUUCGGUCGUCAAUAUUUUUUUUCAAACCCGUAUCCUGUCAAUACAGGCGUUCACAUCAGCGACGUUUUCCCGUUCUGCAAUAUUGCGACAUUUAUUUUGUCGGAUCAUGGUCGAUUUUUUUAAAGUUUCGCAUACUGUGUGUCCACUUCUGAGCAAUCAGAUUAUGUGUUGUUGCGAUGUCUGAUUCACUGAUAUAGCCAACAUGGCCGACCGGCUGAUUGUUUACAUGUCUGUAAUAUUUGUGUCUUUUAUCAAAAAGCACUCUGUUCUCAAAGAUAACGACCUGAAGGACAACUUGUGGAGAGUCAUAGCGUCGGAUCUUUUAUAUGUUGAUAGUUUGUGUGCUUUAACAGUUUGCUAAAAGUCUUUGUUUUAACUUUCAUCUGUGCUAAGUAACUGUAGCUUGUAGGCUAACAGAUACAACAUACCAUAUGUAUUUUCACUGUCUCAAACUCAGUCGCGUUACUGUCACAGCACCAUUAGGUCUCAGUUGUUACCUUAAGUUUAUGGAUUAUAGUUUGAUGUGCUUAUCUGGUACUGGCCCUGACUCAGUACAUGCUAUCAUGACAGACAGACAUCUCAACACUAGUGUCUAAUCAGAACUGAAAAACAGUCAGUCUGCUGUUGUGUCAGUCUUCUCGCUUCCUCCCUGGACAUGUCUUUUUCCCUCUUGGAAAGUUGCAAAAUCGCAUCGGGCUUGAUGUGUAUAGUCAGGCGCGUCAAAAUUUGCCUCAGAAUAUUUUGCGUUCUAUAUUCGCGUCAGCCCUGGUGAGCAAGGACCUUUACUGUGAACAUUUUCUGUGGAAAUUGUAACAUCAGAGUUCCAGUUUCAGGCGUUAGAAACUAAAAUAUGAAAGUUUUCAACUUGUUGUUAGUGCUCGUUUGCUUUUGGGUAUCAUGAAAAGACAUCAGUAUGAGUUUCAGCCAAUCUCGUUUGAUAUAUAAAAAAAACCUCCUGAUAAAAGCUUUAAAGUUCAAAUAUUUGUUUUCUGUAAUCUGGCUCACUUCUUUAGAAGACAGAGAUGCUGAUCCUCGCUAUUCUUACUGUUUGUAAUUGUAUUCUUUGUUUUCCUUCACAGAUGAUACAUGCUAAUGUACAAACUUUGUAAUAGUCGUAGAAGAAAGAAGUCCUACUGACCUACGUAAAGCACUUUUUAAUCAUUCAGUCUUUGAACUCUGACCUUUGACUGGAAUAAUGGACACCAUGCGCUGGAGGCUCUUGACUGCAUUACCCCCCAUGGAUGGUUGGAUGCAUGUUUUAGACGGUUGUAUCAAAUAGAGAGCGGGAAAACGGUUUAGGUGCACCCGGGGCGGAUCGUUAUAUUUGCUAAAGGUGGUAAAUGCAGCAAGCAGGCGAGGUGGAUUUGUGGUGAGGAAAUUAUAAUUCCUGUUUUAAGAUUAUUAUUGUUACCUUUUUGUUUAUGUGUGGGUGCAUUUUAAGGUCCUUGUGUUGUGCAAUAAGAACUGAUGGAUGCAUGCUUGGGCCUACAAAGAGAAAUCCAAAUCUAAUUGUGUUCCUGAAGGGAUCUGACCAUCAUUGCCCCAAGAAAAUGCUUCAUCUGUUUGUUUUUUGAAUAUUAUGCACUGUGAAAGUAGUUUUAAAAAGGCACUAUUAGUAUGGUAUUCCCAACUUGCAGUUGUUCUGUAAGCAGUCCUCCACUUAUUUAUCAGGUUUAAGGGGUUUAAGUUUGCAAAAGUGUAUCAAGAGAAAACACAGUUAUCUCCUUCAUCUUCCAACUUGAGACCCGGCUUCCUGGACAGAAUGUCGGUACUGGUGGGAAUUAAAAAAAUAACACGCGACACGACAGAUGUCUUGGUUGAGAACAUCUCCUCGUCAAAGAAUGGGCUGAACUCGUGAAGCGUUCGCUUGUCCAGCCUUGAAGAUGCGCAGCGGCCUCUCUUCCGUUUUUCAGAAUGUCUGUUUAGAGAACGUUGUCGCACAACCCAUUUUUAUUUGUAUGAUACUUUUUAUUUUUUAAUUUCAUGCUUUAAUCUUCUGAAAUGUUUGAUUUUAAUGUCUCGAGUUGUUUUUUUGUACUGUUUUUCAACUAGCUGAUACUUUAAAAAAAAAAAAAAGAGGGGAGGGGGGUCUUUUGAUGGGUCAGUAUAUUCUGAUUUUUCUUUUCUUUUUUUUGUAUUAUUUAAUUUAAUUCUCCACAACGGUAACGAAUGACAAAAAGGAGUGUCUUUAUCGGAGAAGUAAAGACGAGGCUUUCGUGAUUCCCCCUGGUCAGAGUUUUGGCUCAGGUACUUUUUUCAAUAUAGAGAUCACCUCUUAAAAGAUACCUAUCAGAUAUUUUGAAUUUAACUAUAUUUUCACCAAAAGAGACUGUUAUGUUGUGAAAUUAUAACAUGUCUGAAACUAUUGUAUAUAAGUCUUGAAAUUGUUGGAUGGAGUGAAAGAAAUUAGCAGAGGAUGCAUUUACUUUAUAGCAGAUUGAUAAUAGGAGUGCUUUAUUUCAUUGGACUUAGGCCUGCAUCUUUUGCUAAUUAGGAUGUGUACAGACAGCAACAAACACUACUGUUGGUUCAAAAUAGAAAAAAAAAAAGUUUAGUAGUUUUUAGUGGGGGUGCAUGCAGUUUAAACCCUACUUUUUCUUAUUGGCAUCAGACAUCAUAACAACUUUUAGUCUUUCCAUAACUUGGGUAAUGGUUUUAUAGGAUGGAUACUACAAAGCUCACCUCCAGAGGCUGUGUGGCUCUGUCAUUUCAGACUGUAAUCACUCCAUUCCUAAACAAAUGUUUUAUUGCCAUCCAGUCAGAGAUACUUGAAUUUUCCACCUUGGGUUGUUUGUAUUGCGUUUGCUUUUUUUUCCAGGGUCUAGGUGAAUUUCUUGAAUGAACAUGAGUGAAUGUGAUGAUGCUCUAUACUGUAGAGGAGAUUACCACAGCACACCGCUAUCUCAAAAACUAUAUUGAUAACUUAAAGACAUCUAUUUAACCAAUGAUUUUUUUUUUUAAAAGCUUCAUAGUAACAGUCUUGUCUGCUGUCACCGUGCCAGGACGAAGAGACGGUAGGCCUGAAAUGAUUGUGUAAAUGUAGUCCCAACAGCAUUUGUGUGUGGGGACAAGAGGCCUCAUCCAUACAGUGGCUCAACGGCGAUCUGAAAAACAUGCGAGCAAAUAUGUUACAAGGGUUUGGAUGUGACUUUUUUUUUUUUUCCUAGGUUUUUUUUUCUUUUUUUUUCCUUUUUCAAUGUGGUUUGAACUCUUAGCUUGCAAGUUGUUGUGAGUGAUCAACACUAAUGAGGGUGUGUUAUUUAUAUUUGAAAUUUUGUUCUGGGAUGUGCAAGCCCCGAUGUAAUAGGUGCCUGUUCAUUUUCAUAAUCAGUAAUAAAAGCAAAGAUUCACUUUUAUUCAA